AGAUGAAUAAUUUGAAGAAGCAAAGGGUGCUGUCAGGCGAAGAAGUUGUUGAAGAUUUGAUCCCAGAGAUACUGUGUCGUGUGGCGGAGGUGAAAUCCGUGUUGAGAUUCCGAUGCGUCUCGAAAUCAUGGCGGUCUCUGAUCGACAGCGGAUUUUUCAUCGACAAACACGCGAAGAAAGCAAGAAACACGGCGGCGGCGCACGGCCACGAGAGAGUCGUCUUCAACGCCCGAGGAGAGUCCAACCAAUGCUGUGUGUGGUGGUGCUACUUGGACGAGUCCACCCCCGCCCUCAUGGAUAUGGAUCCGACCAACGCUCAUCUGGCGGCGGCACAUGUCAUCGGCCACUGCAACGGGCUGCUCUGCAUUCUCGACGCCGGGGAAGGCCGCAUCUUCCUGUGGAACCCGGCCACCAGAAUCUCGGCGGAGCUGCCCCGACUUGAGCAUAAGAGAAUCGCAAAAUGUGGGUUUGGUUGGGACGAGGAAACCUGCGCGUACAAGGUGUUUGUGGGUUGGCGCAACGAUGAUGCAGACGACGAAGGCCACAUGAUCAUGGGCGCUCGAGUUUAUAGUUCCAACACGAAUUGUUGGGAGCAAGUGGAGACGCACGGCUCGGAUAUUUAUAUUCAUUGGAUCGGGGCGUCGUCUUCGUGGGGGAAGAUUCACUGGCUGGUGCCGACGGGACUUGGGUUCGGUGUUCGCCUCGAGUCGUUUGACUUGAAGACCGAGAGCUUCGCGACGACGGAGCUGCCGUGCGUCGGGGGCCUCGGCGUGUGCUUGACCCUGAGGGAAAGACAAGAUGGAUGUCUUAGUUUGGUGCGUUGCGUUGAUCGUCACACGACGCGCACGGUUUGGGUGAUGAAGAGUAGCCAUGCGUCGUGGCUCCAAGACUCGAGAUACGAUACUACUUUUCGAGGUUGUUAUGGAGGAAGUUUUCCCUACCUUCAAACUUUGCUUCGAUUACCUUUCUAAUUUGUUUUUCUCAUUCUCUUAGUUUGUUUGGAUUGGAUUAUAGUAUAUUUUAGUUUGUGGUUUUGCUUUCUUAUAUUGCUUGCUCUUGU